GGGGGAGAGGGCAAUGAAGAAGAUACUAGACAUCGAAAGAGAAUCUGGAGGUGAUUUUGUGGUGGUAUCCAAUAUGCUCACUGAGCUUGGAAGGUUUAGUGAUGCUGAAAGAGCACGGAAGCUAGUAGAUGAGAUGAAUACUGUUAAGGUUCCUGGGCUUGCUUUGGUUGGCGAGAGUCAGUAAGUCGGAACCAAAUUAUUGGGAAGAAGCUCCACAUAGUUUUAAGAGUUUAUGUUCCAUCAUUAGAAUUGUCUCCCUGCAUUAUACCAAAUAGCCUUCCUACUUUAUGGAAGCAGAGGUGUUGAAUGACAUGUGCCGUACUGCAUUUCCCCUCACUGAUCCACAGUUCAUGAAAAAAUCCAGUUUUCUUUCAGCAUUGUAAUGAUGGAAGCCAUAAAGAAGCUUCAUGGCCAUCUCAUUGUUUCUGGGCUGUACAAUUGCCAAUAUGCAAUGUCUAAGAUUCUCAGAUUCUAUGCUAUCCUACAACCAGAUUUGGUUCUUGCUCAUAAAGUAUAUGGGCAGAUUGAAGCGCCAACAACUUACCUUUGGAAUAUCAUACUCAGGGGGCUUGCUCAAAGCGAUGCACCAGAAGAUGCAAUCGCUUUCUACAACAAGGCUCGAGGAAAAGGCAUGGAGCCGGACAACCUGACGUUUCCGUUCGUAGUGAAGGCCUGUGCAAGGGUUGGUGCUCUUAAUGAAGGGAAACAGAUGCACAGCCAUGUACUGAAGUUCGGGCUUCUUUCAGAUAUCUUUGUUUCCAAUUCGCUGAUUCAUCUGUAUGCUGCCUGUGGUGAUUUGUGCUGUGCAAGAUCUGUUUUCAAUGAGAUGCCAGUUAAGGAUGUGGUGUCCUGGAACUCUUUGAUAUGUGGAUAUAGCCGGUGCAAUAGAUUGAAAGAGGUUUUGAAGUUAUUCAAGUUGAUGCACGAUGCAGGAGUGAGAGCUGAUAAGGUCACUAUGGUCAAGGUUGUUUCUGCGUGCACUCGUCUAGGAGAUUGGAGCAUGGCGGAUUGCUUGGUUAGAUACAUAGAGGAUUACUGCAUAGAGGUGGAUAUUUACUUGGGCAAUACUCUGAUAGAUUACUAUGGCAGGCGUGGUCAGCUCCGAUCAGCAGAAAAGGUUUUCUUUAACAUGAAGGAUAGGAACGCCGUGACACUGAACGCAAUGAUCACCGCAUAUUCAAAAGCUGGAGAUCUGGUUUCGGCAAGAAGGUUAUUCGAGGAAAUUCCUGGCAAAGAUCUGAUCUCGUGGAGCUCUAUGAUAUCUGGCUAUUCACAAGCUAGUCAGUUCUCUAAUGCUUUGGAGCUCUUCAGGAAGAUGCAGAGAGCCAAGGUGAAACCGGACGCGAUCGUGCUUGCAAGUGUACUCUCCGCCUGCGCGCACCUAGGCGCUCUCGAUCUCGGCAAGUGGAUCCACGACUACGUGAGGCGACACGGGAUCGAAGCCGACACCAUCCUGCACAAUUCUCUGAUCGACAUGUACGCGAAAUGCGGAAGCACCAAGGAGGCUCUGCAGGUCUUCAGAGAAAUGAAAGAGAAGGACACCCUAUCAUGGAACUCGAUCAUAAUGGGGCUGGCGAACAACGGCGCCGAGGAGGAAGCCCUGGGCGCCUUCCACGCCAUGAUCGCCGAAGGGUUCAGGCCGAACGAGGUCACCAUCCUCGGCGUGCUGAUCGCCUGCGCCAACGGGAAGCUCGUCGAGGAGGGGCUCGGCCACUUCGAGAGCAUGAGGUCGGUCCACGGCGUGGAGCCGCGGAUGAAGCACUAUGGCGUCGUCGUCGACCUCCUGGGGCGUGCCGGUCGGCUGACCAAGGCGCUGAGGUUCAUCGCCGAGAUGCCCGUCGCUCCUGAGCCCGUCGUCUACAGGAUACUGCUGGGGGCGGCCAGAACGCACGGUGAUUUGGGGAUCGCCGAGGUGGCCGCCGAGAGGCUCAGGGAGCUGGACGACGGGAACAGCGGGGACUACACGCUGAUGAGCAAUGCGUAUGCGGGGGCUGAUAGAUGGGGCGACGCCAUGGAGGUCAGGCAGCGGAUGGAAGAUAGUCGUGUGAGGAAACCGCCCGCUUGCAGUGUCGUCGACUGCUGACCCUGCUAGCUAUAGAGUGAUGCUCGGGUCCAUGGACCGAGAGAAUGAUGUUAAUUAUUCUGUAGCCAAUUUUGUCAUAACGAUGUGAAUAAUGCAAAGCCAGAAGAAAGGAUGCACGCCCGUAGGCACACAUUACUUUUAUUUAAGGAUA